CUGUCUGUGAGCAAGUUAUCAUGAGUUACAAAGGUAAAUCUUUGUUUUGGCUCGGCUGGCUUGUUUUUGGAGCACCUGAGAAACAACAUGAAGAGUCAUUAAUGAUUGCAUAGUGAGUUUCUGCCAGCAAAAAAAAUCCGUUUCUCAGCAGUGCUUUCACCAUCUAAUUUUUUUUAAUCAUAUUUUUUUUAUAUACUUUUUUUUUUAAUUAAAAAAAGAUGUGGACUUUCCUGGGAAUAGCCAGCUUCACAUACCUUUACAAAAAGUCCAACUCAGUCUUGGGUUUGGCUCACAGAGAGCUUGUGAUGGCCGCAGUCUUAUUUCUGACAGUCGGGCUGCUGCUGUCCUAUGUCAGGUAUUUCCACAGCCAGAAGCUCAGUGUCUCUCAGGUGUUUCAUUUGCCGCUGAGCCUUUUGUCUUAUGUGCCUGUUAUCAACCAUUUAAUCCCCCAAACUUCAACACAGAGGAGCGAAAAAGCAGAGAACAACAGUAAACAGAGCCGGAGAACAAGAAAAAGAGUAGACAUAGAGUCCUCUGCCUCACAGAGUGCCUCAGCCAGUGGCCCCUCAGUGGCCCCGGAGCCAGAUGUGGUGAUAGUUGGGGCCGGGGUCCUGGGCUCAGCUAUGGCGGCCGUCCUAGCCAAAGACGGGAGGAAGGUGUUGGUGGUGGAGAGGGACCUGAAGGAGCCUGACAGGAUAGUAGGGGAGCUGCUGCAGCCUGGAGGAUUCAAAGCACUCAAAGAGCUGGGACUGGAAGGUUCAGUGAAGGGUCUGGAUGCCCAUUUGGUGCACGGCUAUGUGAUCCAUGACAUGGAGAGCAGCACAGAGGUGGAGAUCCCCUACCCUCAGGGGGAGGACAGCAUCCAGUGUGGACGCGCUUUCCAUCACGGUCGAUUCAUCAUGGGCCUGAGGAGAGCUGCCCAGGCCCAGCCAAAUGUCACAUUUGUAGAAGGCAACGUGACCAGUUUGCAGGAAGAGGAUGGCUGUGUAACCGGAGUCCAGUACAAGGACAAAGAAACUGGAGACAUCAAGGAAAUCCAUGCAGCGCUGACUGUUGUGGCCGAUGGCUGUUUCUCCAAAUUCAGAAAGAGUCUGGUCUCUGGGAAAGCUCGGACCUCAUCUCACUUUGUUGGAUGCCUUAUGACGGACUGUCCCCAGUUUAAAGCCAACCAUGCUGAGCUGGUGCUGGCCAACCCAAGCCCGGUGCUCAUCUACCAGAUCUCCUCCUCUCAAACCAGAGUACUUGUAGACAUCAGGGGGGAGAUGCCUCGCAACCUUUCCGAGUACAUGGCUGAGAAGAUAUACCCUCAGCUGCCAGAGCAUUUAAAGGAGGCUUUCAUGGUGGCACUACAGAACGAUCGACUCAGGUCCAUGCCAGCCAGCUUCCUCCCUCCCUCCCCUGUCAACAAGCCAGGCGUUCUUCUCCUGGGUGAUGCUUACAACAUGAGGCAUCCUCUGACGGGAGGAGGGAUGAGUGUUGCUCUCAACGACGUUCGCAUCUGGAGGAGUCUGCUCAAGAACAUCCCGGAUCUCUACGACGACGAGGCUAUGCUGCAGGCAAAGAAAAAAUUCCACUGGGAACGCAAGUCAUCACAUUCUUUUGUGGUGAAUGUGUUGGCCCAGGCCCUGUAUGAGCUGUUUGCAGCCACAGACAACUCUCUUCAUGAGCUGAGAAAAGCCUGCUUCCAGUACUUCAAGCUUGGUGGAGAGUGCAUCGCUGGGCCUAUUGGACUCCUCUCAGUGUUGUCACCCAAACCCAUGACCCUUAUUGGACACUUCUUUGCCGUUGCACUAUACGCAAUCUACUUCAACUUCAAGUCCGAGUCGUGGAGCACCAAACCUCGAGCUUUAUUCACGAGUGGGGCCAUCCUGUACAGAGCCUGCACAGUCAUGUUUCCACUCAUCUAUUCUGAACUCAAGUACCUGGUGUACUGAGGAGCUCUUCAUGUGGACACAGAAAGACCAAACUCAGUGUGAGGUCUUCAGUGAACUACGGCUCAGGUGGAAACUUUGCAACAGAGUUGGUAUUCGUCAGUAGUUUUCAUGUUCCUUCCUGCAAAAAAAAAAAAGCACUGUAACCAUAAUUGUACAAUUGAGGAUUUUAUACAAUAUGCUCCUGCCUUACUGAAGAUGUCAUUGUCUUAAUUUCCUACCCAAUGCCUUGUUUCAAUUGGACAUAUUAUUCAACAAUGCCUUGGUGAAGCUCACUUAGAGUCUGCCCUGUAUGUUAAAGGAUUGCAUUUGCAACAUACAGCAACUUCACUCUCACCCUGAAUUACACUGAAUAAUAUUGUGGAAUUAAUCCUGCCCAACAGAGCUGCUGUGUGGAACAUGGCAUCUGAAUUUUGUAACACUGAUUUUGUAAUAGUGCCUAUUUUCUGCUGUAUAUUGUCCUGUUGAGCUAAUUUGGGCUGUAUGUAAUAUGGGAAUCCUCAUGUAAUGACGAUAUAUUUUACUACAAAAAUGCCUCAUUUUUAAUCUGAAGCACUGAUAAUGGGAUGUCAACCAACAGCAAGCUGUCUAAAUUAUUAUUAUAUGCUGUAUUUAUGACAAAAACCUAGUAUAUUUUCAGCCUUGUUUGUUGAGGAAAAUAUUUGCAGUUCUUUAUUUGUCCAAAACACACACACUCUUACUAUAUGGGUAAUUUCCUGCCUUCUUGAUGCUGUUGCUUUUUUUCAUAAUGUCAAAAGGGACUUCUUGUAACACUGUGGUUUCUAGACUCAGUCUGAAACAUGCUGACGGUGCACCUGACAAAACUAUAAUUCCGGAACUCAAGAAUGAUCCCAGCACUAUUUUAGUCCUGCUGGAUGCCAGUAAAAACCUGACACAGCAUGCUGCCUGGGGGAAGUCUGGGUUUGAUGGGGGCCUGGGACAGAGGGAACGACGCUCAUGUCAGGACCAAGUCAGCGGAUGAUGCUCAGGUGUUGUUUGCCCUGAGCUGACGCAGACAAGGAACUGAUGUGUUUACCUGUGCCUGUGUUGGGCGUGAUGGGCCGUUAAAUAAAUCAAACUUUUAAGAAAA